GUCGUUCCAAUUCGUCCGAUUCGGUUCCGAGUGAUGCCUGUGCCUAGGAUUGGAGCGCAGAGCGACUGUGUUGGAUGCAAGUGAAGUCUGGUCGAUUUCCAUCAGCAGAUGGAUGGAAUAUUCGACGGAAUGUUUAUUAUUAUUUCAGCCUCAAAGAGUUUUAAUGUAUAAGUGCAUUAUUGUACGACUGUGCUGAUAAGAAUAAUGAGAAGGCAAUAUGAAAUGUGUAAUUUUCCCACCUGAACAAAUAUCCUGCCUUCGAAGUCAGAAAUAAACACCUUUUUCUACCUGCAAAGAGGGCUGAACUGGGUUUAAGGUGAAUGUAAUAUAUGCUGAACAUGCCCCGUAGUCCAACAUCAAGUGAAGAUGAGAUGGCUCAGAGCUUUUCAGAUGAUUCAGUGGAAUCAGAAUCAGAUAGUUCCAAAGAAGAAACCAUUUACGACACCAUCAAGGCGACAGCAGAAAAGCCAAGUAGCAAAAUGGAAGAUGCCCAGAAUAAUACAUUAGUGAUACGGAUUAUAAUACCAGAUCUACAGCAAACUAAGUGUAUUCAAUUUAAUCCUGAGGCUUCUGUAUGGGUUGCAAAACAACGAAUUCUUUGUACAUUGAAUCAAAGUUUGAAAGAUGUUCUCAAUUAUGGCCUAUUCCAGCCAGCAAACAAUGGGAGAGAAGGGAAAUUUUUGGAUGAAGAACGACUUCUUAUGGAAUAUCCACAAAAUAUCAACAAGGGUGUUCCAUCCUUAGAGUUUUCCUACAAGAAAAGAGUCUAUAGACAAUUAAAUCUUGAUGAAAAACAAGUAGCCAAAUUCCACAAUAAGGCUAAUUUCCGAAAAUUUAUGGACCUUGUUCAUCACCAUUCAGUUGAAAAACUAAUAAAGAUGCUAGACCGAGGACUUGAUCCUAACUAUCAUGACUUAGAAAGUGGAGAAACGCCACUAACUCUGGCUGCUCAACUUAGCAAUACUACAGAAGUAAUCAAAGCACUGAAAAAUGGAGGCGCUCAUUUGGAUUUUAGAGCCAAAGAUGGAAUGACAGCAUUACAUAAAGCAGCUAGAGCCAAGAAUCAACUGACCCUGAAGGCUUGUCGAUAUGGACAUGUCCAUCAUUUAGAACAUUUUCUGUUUUAUGGAGCAGAUAUGGGAGCUCAGAAUGCAUCUGGAAACACAGCAUUGCAUAUCUGUGCACUUUACAAUCAGGACAGCUGUGCAAGAGUAUUGUUGUUACGGGGUGCAAACAAGGAAUUGAAGAAUUAUAAUAAUCAGUCACCAUUUCAGGUGGCAAUAAUUGCUGGAAAUUUUGAGCUUGCGGAAUAUAUCAAGAACCAUAAGGAAACUGAUAUUGUAUUUGCUUGA